AUGCCAGGCACCGUGAGCCCCUGGCCGUCAUCCUGGCCGUCAUCGUGGGGGCCACGGUCGCUGCUUCUGUUGCUGCUGCUGCUGCUCGCCGGAGCAGCGCACACAGCUGGAGCUCUGCCCCGACUGUGUGACGUGCUCCGAGUGCUGCAAGAGGAACGGGCCCAGUGCCUGCAGGGACUCUCCUCAGAGAAGACAGGAGACCUGGGGCUGGAGACAGUAUCAGGCUGUGAGGGGCUGUGGGACAACAUGAACUGCUGGCCCUCCGCGGCACCGGCACAGACCGUGGAAGUGCAGUGUCCGAAGUUCCUCCAGAUGCUCACGGGCAGAAAUGGGUCUCUGUUCAGGAACUGCACGUGGGAUGGCUGGUCAGAAACCUUCCCCAGGCCUGACCUGGCCUGCGGGGUCAACAUGAAUGACUCCUCUAAUGAGAGACGGCAUGCAUACCUGCUGAAACUCAAGGUCAUGUACACUGUAGGCUACAGUUCCUCCUUGGCCAUGCUCCUGGUCGCCCUCAGCAUCCUGUGCUCUUUCCGGAGGCUGCACUGUACCCGAAACUACAUCCACAUGCACCUGUUCGUGUCCUUCAUCCUGCGCGCCCUGUCCAUCUUCAUCAAGGAUGCUGUCCUCUUCCCCUCCGAUGACGUCACCUACUGUAACACCCAUAGGGGGGGCUGUAAGCUGGUCAUGGUCUUCUUCCAGUACUGCAUCAUGGCCAACUACGCGUGGCUGCUGGUGGAGGGCCUCUACCUACACACGCUCCUCGCCAUCUCCUUCUUCUCAGAAAGGAAGAGCCUGCAGGCAUUUGUGCUCCUUGGAUGGGGUUCUCCGGCCAUGUUUGUUGCUUCAUGGGCUAUCUCCAGGCACUUUCUAGAAGACAUCGGAUGCUGGGACAUCAACUCCAACACUUACAUCUGGUGGCUUAUUCGAGGGCCUGUGAUUCUGUCCAUCCUGAUCAAUUUCAUCUUUUUCAUAAACAUUCUAAGAAUCCUGAUGAGAAAACUCAGAAGCCAAGAAACAAGAGGAAAUGAAGUGAACCAGUAUAAGCGCCUCGCCAAGUCCACCCUCCUGCUGAUCCCCCUCUUCGGCAUCCACUACAUUGUCUUCGCCUUCUCCACAGAGGACGCCAUGGAGGUCCGGCUGUUCUUUGAAUUGGCCCUGGGCUCCUUCCAGGGGCUGGUGGUAGCCAUCCUUUACUGCUUCCUCAAUGGUGAGGUGCAGCUGGAAGUUCAGAAAAAAUGGCGCCAGUGGUACCUGCAAGGGUUCCCGCUGCGCCCUGUGGCCCUCAGCAGCUCCUUCAGCCACGCCGCCAGUGGUCCCACCCACAGCACCAAGGCCAGCACCUCGGAGCAGAGCCGGAGCACUCCCAGGGCCAGUGUCAUCUGAGGCUGCGGCAAGGCUGGCCGUGGACAAAGCAGGACGCUCAGUAGGACGGCUCUCUCCCUAACAGCCGUUUUGUGUUCCGGUGGCUGAAAGGCCUUCCUCCAGGUCUGAGCUUCCUCAGAGCUAAGCGAGACUGGGUCACCACGGAGCACAGGAAACAGGCCUGUGGUCUGGUCUUUCUUGUUCUUCUGAGAGAGCAAGUCAGGGGCUCCAGAAGAGGCAGGCG